ACCCCCUUCAUAAGACCCUACACCCCACCCCUCGACCUCCCCUCCUGCAUCCACAUUUUCCGCCAAACCUGCUCCCCCGACCUCCACGCCGAACCCUUGUGUACCAUCAGCUCCCACAUUUGGUGUCGACCCUAUUUGCAUUUGAGCCCGCAGACGUGUUUGGUGCUGGAUGAUGGGACGGGAAGGGCCGUGGGGUAUUGUAUUGGGACGAGCGAUACGGGAGAGUUUUGUCGGCGGUGGAAGGGGGAGUUUGUGCCGUUUUUGAGGGAGGGUGGUGGUGAAGAGGGGGGGUUGUUUGGUGGUGGUGGUGGGAGUAAUAGUUGUCAUGAUGAUAAUGGUGUUGAUGAGGAAGAAGAUGAAGAAAAGAAAAAGAAGAAAAAAGAAAUGUUGGAAAUCAUCUGGUCUGCACCGGAAAAAGGAUGUGAUGGAGAUGUGGCUGGUCUAUGGGACGAGUUUCCCGCGCAUUUACAUAUCAAUCUCUUGCCCGAGUAUCAGAGACGAGGAUGGGGAGUUCAGCUGAUCGGGGCUCUGGUGGAGCGAUUGCGAGAAGAGGAAUGUCGGGGAUUAUACCUGGGCGUGGGAGCGAGUAAUACGGGGGCAGUGAAGUUUUACGAACAUAAUGGCUUUAGUAGAUUUGCGAAACUGGAGCAAGAUGGGGAGAAAGGGAGGAAAGGA